AGUGUCUGCAUUUUUAUUUUUUUUAUCUUUUUAUUCAUCACAGGUACAAGUACGGUACGGUAUUACCGGUACCGGUAUUUUCAUUGUUCGUCGUCCCUCCUUUUUUGCUUUCUUUUUCUCCUUUUUCUUUUUCCUCCUCCUCGCUGGGUAAAGGGUGACGAAUCAGAAGAAAGCAUAGACGAAGCCGUGGGCACAGCCCGAAAGCCAAAAUAGCAACUCUCCUGCUCUUUGGCCAGUCUCAUUCGCCCGUACUUAUAGGCCUGCAGUCGUCACAGCAUCUACCUGUAGUCCUACCUCCUACGUCCUCGCCUUCACCCUCUCUCCCUUCCCCUUCGCUCCCCCCUAAUCCACCUUCCAACCCUCCCACCAUCGAACCAUCUUUGUUCCCCUCAUUCGUUCUGCCUCUGUCUCUGAGCCCCAGUCAAUCGCUACGAAUCACUCUCCCGGAGCAAGCGCCCUCUUUCCGAACCCCUAACACGCGUUUCGUGAGAAGACAAGUAAAAGGAAACAUCCCUCUUUAGGCUCGGUGAUCUCAAAAGGCAAGUGUCUAAACUGUGAUCUCGAAGGGUUUCCGCUUUUUUUUCCUUUUUUUCUUCCCUUCUUCACCCCUCAUCGAUAUUCCGGUUUUGCACUUUUUGCUUUCCCUUCCUAUUUCAUAUAUUCGCUGUACCCGAAUUCCCUUAUUACCUUUCUGAUCCUUGUGGCUGGGCUGUACAAUUGUUACAUGUCGAACUGUAUCAUAGGCUGUCCCGAAUACAAUAGCCCUUCCCUGUUGCAGGGACGAAGCAUUGCCAGACCAACCCUCAUCUGAAACUUUUGCAUUUGCUUCAAGCUCCUCUUUUUUUUUUUUUUUUUUUUCUCCCUCCCACACGUUGCUUGCAUCCUUCUUGUCUGUGUCCGCCUUUGUCUGGCUGCCGUUGUGAUUGCUGGCCGGUUGGAUGCUCUCUUGGUAGUCGGUUCUUGGCUGCUAGGCCCUCUAUUUUCCUAGCUCCCACGUCUUUCAUUGGCUUCCUUCCCGUCCCCUCUUUCAGCCUCCUUCUUUGGCUGACUGCUCUCUUGCUCCCUGCUAACAUAAAAGUCAAUAGGGCCCCACACCCAACCUCCUCUCGAUUUCUCCAUUCAGUGUUUGAACGGACUUCUCGCAAGCACUCAAGGUUUAUCAAGGGAAAGACAGACAAAUCUUUCCUCCCCCUCCUCCCCCCUGCCAAUUUCCUCAAUUGUUGCGAUCCUUCUCCAUUUUAUUUCCCCCUCUCCACUUUGUCUGUCCCUCACGAGACAAUGUCCCGUCGUUCGAUUUCCCUCCUGAGUUCGUUGCUCUUCGUUCUGUUGCUCUUCAGUCCCACCAUCCUUGCGGACAAUGAGCAGCAGUUCCAAGACCUCCUGAGGGACGUCCCGGAGGAUAGACUCCAUGCAGCCCUCCACGACUAUGGCGGGUCCAAGUUCAAGCAUGGUGUGUUCCCCGGCGACCGACCUGCCCUUGAUGUCAUCCACCGCGAACGGGCUGCUGAUGCCACCCGUCUAGUCAAGCUGGCGAAACGGCAAUCGAAUACUACUACUACUAGUCGUGACACCGCUACUACACCUCGCACAACCCCGACAACUGCUGUCACCACUCCGCCUUCAUCGGCCAGUCCGACAACGCGUGGGCCGACAACUACCAAUUCUAACAGCGAUUCAAACCCUGCAUCUGCUGCCGCCAGGAGAACUACUUCCCUCACCUCAAAACUCACCAGGACCGUCACUGGUCCGGAUGGUGUGAGCACCAUCACAGACACCGCUGUUGUUGUCGCUACGUCCAGUGAUGAAUCCGUUGUCACGCCAGAGGCGACUCCAGCAAUCACUACAAGCGGUGGUGGGCUUCAGAACGUUGGAUUGAGGGUUAGCGGAGGGGAUAGUGUGAUUGUAGCUGUUAUUGCUGCAUUGGGCUUCUUCAUGCUAUAAGGGGUUGAUGCGAUAAAAACGGGCAUGGCUAUCUUUCGAUUGUAACGGCUCAUGACAAAUCUUUUUUUUUUUUUCUCCUUUCAUAUUUCGCACGGAUUUCCUUGCAUUCUUUCGCGGAGAUGGAAUGACUACCAUCUGGAGCCGGGCAUGGGUGGAUGUGCGUCCGGAAUAAUUGAGUUUAGACGGAAGGGUGGAUUAUCGGCCACCCUUGCAGCAGAUUGUUUUGCAUUGCGGUUACUCAUUUGUACUCUUUUACAUUGCUAUCCCUUAUUAUGUAUGCCCCCCCUCUAGUACGUAUUUUUUUUUUUUUUGGGUUGGGCAUCCCUUAUUGUUGUAAUGUCUUUUUUUUUCUGCACAUAAAAGCUCUCCUUUACGGUGUUUGUUUUAACCAUAUCAUAGGUUCGGGGUGGUGGAUUUUUUCCCCUCCAUGCUUUGGGAUGCAAUUUGAAAGUGAUAAUAAC